UAUUAAGCAGUGGAGUUUCCAUUUAGUGAUUUAGCAUUAACCUUUCAGCUGGCGAGAUGACAUCCGUAUUAAGGCUCUGUACCAAAUUCAGCCCGUCUGGAUUCUUAUCACUGUUGUCUGGAAACAGCAGUCAUUGGAGAAUCUGUGCUCUGCCAUGCACUGUAUCUCAAAACAGAUAUUUGUCAUCCUCAAAAAUUAAAGUGGACCUGGACAGUAGUAAUGGUGUUGCUAUAAUGCAGUUCCAAAGUCCUCCUGUCAACAGUCUCAGUCUUGACUUUCUGACUGAGUUUGCUAUUAAUUUAGAAAAACUUGAGCUGGACAGAAGCUGCAGGGGUGUUAUCAUAACAUCCGCCCAGCCGAAGGUGUUUUCUGCAGGCCUAGAUAUCUUGGAAAUGUAUAAAAAGAGCCCAGAGCACUGCGCAGAAUUCUGGAAGGCUGUACAGGACGCAUGGCUUAAGCUUUACGGGUCCACCAAGGUCACAAUCGCCGCUAUCAAUGGCUCCAGUCCUGCAGGUGGUUGUUUGUUGGCUUUGUGUUGUGACUACAGGAUCAUGGCCGAUAACCCUCGCUAUAACAUCGGUCUCAAUGAAACACAACUUGGUAUAGUUGCACCUUUUUGGUUUAAGGACACCAUGACAAACGUUGUGGGCCAUAGAGAAACCGAGAAGGGUCUUCAGCUGGGUUUACUGUACAGUGCUCCUGAAGCACUAAAGGUCGGUUUGGUGGAUGAGCUUGUUCCUGAAGAUAAAGUUCUCAGCACAGCUACUGAGACCAUGACGAAAUGGUUGGCCAUCCCAGAUCAUGCCCGUCAGAUAAGUAAGUCCAUGAUGAGAAAACCCACGAUAGACAAACUUCUUGCAAACAGAGAAGCCGACACCACAAACUUUGUCAGUUUCACCACCAAAGACUCCAUCCAGAAAUCUCUUGGGUUGUACAUGGAGAUGCUGAAGAAGAGGAAGUCUUGAGGACCGAAACACGUGCCUGUUGUUGACGUUGCCUUUAUGGAGCGCAUCCGUGUCACUGUAUAUCACUCUUUUGUUACUAAAGGGUCACUUUGUUUGUCAAUAAAAUCUUUUAAAACCAAAAUGGGAUGGGAUCUGUUUAGCAUGCGAAUAGUUGACAGCUUAGCUUAUUCAUAACAUUUAUUUGUUUCAAUUCAGCAUCAAGAUUUUAAGAUUCAAAUUUUACAUGCGGUAUAUGCAUAAGGAGAAGCGUAUAUGUUAGGUCA